AUAAAUGAAAAUUUCAUUUUUUUAUCGAGGUCUAGGGUUAUGCUACAGAUAACUGCUUCCUUGCAGUUUCCGUCCAUCCUUCUCCUUCUCUAAUCGAAAUCAUUCGACAUCGAUGGUUCUGGAUUUACUCAUUUCAGGUAUUUCUCACACACUCUCUGUAAUUUAAUUUGUUAGGGUAAAACAAGAUCCAUGGAAGAAGAAUCAGAAAUUUCUCCAAUUUCAGAUUACAAUGGAGAAGAAGAAGUAGAUAGACUCAGCAAUUUACCCGAAUCUCUGAUUCACCAUAUUCUAUCUUUCACUGACAUGAAAUAUUCAAUUCAAACUAGCGUCUUGUCAAAGAGAUGGAGAUAUAUCUGGACUCCACUCCGAACCCUAUCUAUGAAAUACUCUACACCCAGAAAGUUACAUAAAGAUGUCGAUGCCUAUAUGUAUUUUGUAGAAAGAGUACUCAUGCUUCGUGAUAAUGCUUGUGAUAUACAAAAGUUUCAUCUUAUUUGUCAAAAAUAUGUGGAGCCGUUUACUGAAAUAAACUUUCCGCUUGAGACUUGGAUGCUUGGUGUCGUAAGACGUAACGUUCAAGAUCUUUUACUUAAUCUUCCUCUACCUGAAGAAUCCGUGUUGCCUCCAUGCAUCUUUACUUGUAAGUCGUUGAUGAAGUUGGUGUUGUGUUGCUAUGGUUGGAAACUGACAGCGGUUACUUUACCUAAAUCGUUUGAUUUGCCUAAACUCAAAACUCUGAAGCUUAAAGGGCUUACAAUUUAUGAUAUAGACUUGACCAAUAAGUUCUUGUCAAGCUGUCCUGUGCUAGAAUCCUUGGCAAUAACAAGGUCAAGUGUGAAUCUAACUGAUAUUAAGGCUCCUAACCUCAAGUACUUGACAUUAAAGCACAACGAGUAUAAUGCAAUAGCAGGGCUGAAAGUCAGGUUUUAUGCUCCAAUUCUCACAUCAUUCAUUUGUGAAAGUGACAUGACUCAUCAAUUUGACUAUGCUCUGGAGAACAUUUCUUCUCUAGUUAGUUGUGAUAUUACAAUGGCGAUAGACUGCACCGAAAAAGAUGAAGAACCAGGGGCGUAUGAAGACUUUACUGCAGAGGAUAAGGUACAAUAUGCUCAAAAGAUGAUGAAAUUGCUGAGGGCUGUUCGUAGUGUCAAAGAUCUCAUAUUAUCACGUUGGCUCAUAAAGGUUAUGUCUGAAGUCCCUGAAUUACUGGAUUGUCACACUUUCGAAUAUACGAAUCUGAGGGGUAUGACGCUACGACCGUUUCUUUCUAAAGAAUGCUUUCGUACAAUAACAUACUUAUUGAAGAUUUCUCCUAACAUAGAGAUUCUUUGCGUGGUUAUAAACGAGAGUCUCGAUGAUGAUGAUGGGCUGCCGAAGUAUCCAUUAUGUGAUGAGAUAAAUGACGAAUCGCCAGAUAUAAGUGAUGACUGGGAAACAGGAUUGUCAUUGCCAUGCUUUUUAUAUAACCUAAAAAUUGUCAGGAUUCAUAAUGUCAAGGGGCGCAUAAAUGAACUCAAGUUUCUAGAGAUUUUGUUAAAGAAUGCCCCGGUUCUAGAGUAUUUGGUCCUUUACUGUGACUGGGAUCAAGACGCAGGUAACAUAGCAAUCACAAGACGAAUGAAGAAAUUCACUGAGAAGCUUAUCAAAUUUCCAAGAGCAGCUCCAUAUGUCACAUUCAUGUGCUUGUAGAUUCAGGACUACAACGUAUAAAAUUUCAAGUUCUUUUUUAAUUAUAUUGAAUCAAUUUUUUAGAUAGUAGAUGAGUGAAAUAUUUAAAAAUAAUAGUUAAAUUUCAAGAGAUUUUGAUGAUGGACUUAUUCAGAGGUUUUCAGGGUUACCAAGAUUUUGAUAAAAUUUUAUUUUCA